UGAAUCAUAUAGUCGGAAAAGCCUCCAUCAGGAAACAUCACACCAACUUGAAGGUUUAGUUUGGGGCGUGGACCUAGACGUUUCUUCUGCAGCUUACUUACAAGCACUAAACAAUUUAAAAAGUUCAGCUCAUGUGAUAUUUUUCACCAGAAUCGAUAACAAAUAGUCAAUUUCAGUUCUCAGCUAGCUGGAUUCGGUUUUUGGAGAGUCGAUUCUGCAGAACAAAAACAUGGCCGAAAGCCAGGGAAACGAAGCUGCGAAGAAUGCAGUAGAAACUCAACCAGUGAUGAGAUCAAACUUGGCAGAAGGCAAAGAAAAUGUCCAGCACAGUGGCGGUAGUAAGAUAAUUGAUUUUGAAGAGCAGUCAUCAGACAUUAAAAUCGGCGAAACCUGUCUUGUUCGGAGGACUAAUGACACAUGGCAUAAUGCAGAGAUUGUGCAGACUCGUAGUAAUGAGAUGGAAGGAGGUCGUAGGGAGUUCUAUGUCCACUACAAAGGCUUGAAUCGUCGCAUGGAUGAAUGGAUUGGCACAGACAAACUCAACAUUGUACAGGAACAAUCUGAUGUCAAAACAGGUGAAUCAGCAGUCAUCUUUGAUGAUCAGCCUGACAGAAAGAUUACUCGCAAUCAGAAGAGAAAGCAUGAUGAAAUCAAUCACGUCCAGAAGAGUUAUGCUGAGAUGGAUCCCACCACGGCAGCCUUGGAGAGAGAACAUGAAGCUAUAACCAAAGUGAAAUAUGUAGAUCGAGUUCAGAUUGGCCGUUAUGAGAUUGACUCGUGGUACUUCUCUCCAUUUCCUGAGGACUACGGCAAACAGCCAAGGCUGUGGAUUUGUGAAUACUGUCUCAAGUACAUGAAAUACGAAAAAACCUUCAGGAGACACCUGGGUGAAUGUACUCGACGACAGCCACCAGGCAGGGAAAUCUACAGAAAGGGAAGCAUUUCAGUGUAUGAAGUUGAUGGCAAAGACCAUAAGGUGUACUGCCAGAACAUGUGUCUGCUUGCCAAGCUCUUCCUAGACCACAAGACGCUGUACUUUGAUGUGGAGCCAUUCCUGUUUUAUGUUUUGACCGAGGUGGAUAGGCAAGGUGCUCAUCUUGUUGGCUACUUCUCAAAGGAGAAGGAAUCCCCUGAUGGUAACAAUGUUGCAUGCAUCCUGAUACUACCACCAUUCCAGAGAAAGGGUUAUGGCAAAUUCCUGAUAGCAUUCAGCUAUGAGUUGUCUAAAUAUGAAGGUACUGUGGGAUCGCCAGAGAAGCCUCUGUCUGACCUUGGUAAGCUAAGCUAUAGAAGCUACUGGUCCUGGGUCCUGCUAGAAAUACUCCGAGAUUUCAAAGGAACCCUCUCAAUCCGAGACCUCAGUAACAUGACGAGCAUUGCUCAGAAUGACAUCAUCACGACCCUGCAGUCACUCAACAUGGUGAAAUACUGGAAGGGGCAGCACGUCAUCUGUGUUACUCCCAAACUUGUGGAAGAACACCUGAAGAGUGCCCAGUACAAGCGGCCUCGCUUGACUGUCGACACAUCCUGCCUUAGGUGGGCACCACCACGAAAAGCCAACAACAAAAUAGUCAAGACCAAAAAGUGACAGUUCUGAUGAAUGAUUCUAAGCAAGUAAAUACAGUAGAUAAAGCUUCAACAGUUUAAUAAACAAAUGGUUGAGCCUGCUUGAUGUACAUGUACCUUCAAUGCUUAACCACUUGCUGCCGGGUGCUUUUAAAAAUGCAGUGCACACAUGCGGGC